AUGUUAGGCUCAGCAGUUAAAUGCAGUGUUCACUGGUUCCCUUCCGCCGAGGUCCAGCCCUCAACUGGGCCACAUGUUGGCGGAGACUUCGACUCGCGAUUCGCAUUUGCCGGGGUGCGCAUCUAUUUCCCCACUCUCCCUCAGCUUUCCCGCCUUGCGUCACUGUUCCCAACGAUGCUUUCCUCGACUGUCCGGGCGCUGCCCAGGGUCCUGACUCCAUCUACCGCCGCCCGCGCCGCGGCCCUUGCGAGGGUAGCUCCCGCAGCUGUCGCCAGCGCUCUCUCGACCCGCAAGACGGCUCGUUUCUUCACCUCGACGUCGUCGCUCCAUAAGCCACCGUCAACCGAGGCCGCUACGCAGUCAUCGCCCGCCAGCGCCGCGGCUUCGCAAGAGCACGUGGCUGCGCCUGCCUGGCUGCACCAAAGAGUGUCGCCCGAGAACGCGUUGGUCGCCGAGUGGGAAAAUGAUAUUCCCGACGCCGCGGCGCAGGGGCACAUUUCGACCUAUACGCCCGAGUACCUUGACUCGCUCAAGUUCAGGCGGGAACUGCGGGAAAGGGAAGACAAUGACUUUAGGGUCGUGGACCGGGAGGUGCCCUAUCAGAUCUGGAACAAGGCCUCGAUUGCCGACAAGCUGCGCAAAGUGGACUACGAGGAGUACAUGAAUACCGAGGAGGGCUUGUGGAAGAUUCUCUUCGACCUCGAGGCUUACGGCCUCGUCUUCCUAAAGAACGUGCCCAAGGACGAGAACUCGGUAUCGACCAUUGGCCUGCGCAUAGCCAAUCUCCAGGAGACCUUUUACGGAAGGACUUGGGACGUCAUCUCCAAGCUCAAUGCCGAAAACGUCGCAUAUACCAACUCAUACCUCGGUUUGCACGAGGAUAUGCUCUACGUGGUCCAGCCGCCCCGCAUCCAGCUCCUGCACUGCAUCGAAAAUUCGUGCGAAGGAGGCGAGUCCAUCUUCUGCGAUGGUAAUUAUGCCGCAAGGGCCAUGAUUGACGAUCCGGCCGAGGCCGAGAGCGUUGAUCUGCUAAGCAACUACCUCGUCCGCUACCACUACCAGAAGCACCCGUUCUUCUACCGUCAGGCCAGGCCCGUCUUCAACAUGAAGACGGACGACCUAGGCAACAAGGAGCUCGUCAACGUGUGGUGGUCUCCCCCUUUCCAGGCCCCCAAUCCGCCCCUGGGCCGCGAUGCCGGACACGCCCAACACCGGGCUUGGCACAAGGCCAUGCAAACAUUCGAGCGCCACCUCAACGCUGAGGCCAACGUCCACGAGUACAAGCUAACGCCCGGCGAGUGCGUCAUUUUCGAUAACAGGCGGGUCAUGCACGGACGCAAGGCCUUCAACACCGGCUCCGGCUACAGGUGGUUGAGAGGCACCUAUAUCGCCGAUGAGGACUUUAGGGCAAGGAUGAGAAGCGCCGGCGACGCGCGCGUGGAGGCGUACAAGGCGGAGAGGAAAAUAUCUGGCCCCGCAUCCCAGUUGAAGAACGCGGACGAGAAGAUGGCGGGGUACGGGUCUCUGGGUAUGUGGCUACGCACUCCUCAGGUGGAGCUGCCCCAAGAAGCCCUCGAAGGGAAGCUGUCGUAA